AUGGUCGAAAAACUCUUAAUUAAAAUUAAUUCGCCAUGGGCUGCUGUAGGUGAGCUGAACAAAGCAGCUAUUGUCCUAUUGGCUGCAGGCGAGCCCAUGAGAUUAUGGUACGGACCCCGGCAGUGUACUUAUGAAGGUAAACAUGGGGACGGCCUCCAACCCAAACACCAGCGUGUUCGGCUGACUAACUUGCAGAGACCUGACCAGGUUCUGGUACCACUGCUUCUUAACUUAGAAUGA